UUUUACAUUGCAAUAAAUGUGAAAUAUGCAUGCACAACAUUUUAUUUAAAAACAUUUUAUAUUGUUUUUCCGGCAAAAUGUUAAAACCAGACGGAUUUUGCAGCUCUCUGAAAAACGGGACGGGGCACAUUUUGCAGGAUUUACUUUCCUCCCGGGUUUUGCUCGACACGUCAAAUUUUAUUCCCCAUACGAAUCACAACUUUCCCCUGAAAUUUGAGAAGAAUAACUCAUCCCCAGAAUUAUUAACAUCGUCCUGUUCGAUCUGCGCCGAAUCGACAAAUCUGCGUCCUCUCGCCGUCCAACAGAUGGAAAUUCUUGCCAAAUUCGUCCUAAAUCAGGAUCAAAUUUCCCUCAUUUUACAAACUGAAGAUCAUCCGGCAAUAUUUUGUUGCAAAUUUUGCACUUCCGCGAUCCACACCUUGGCCAAGUUGUCCAUGCAGAUUGAAAAUAUUACCAUUUCUCUCCGUGCCGUGAUUUCCAGCAGGAACGGACUGUUCAAUAAAGUGGGAAAUGAAUUGGGAAAAAUUUGUGAAUUUCCCCACGGAAUAAUAAAAAGAGAGGUUAGCUCUCCUGCUCCCAACAAUGACGACGACCAAGAAUUAACUGGAUUCGUUGAGGAGGAAGAGGAAUUCUCUGUAAAAAUUGAGCCAACCUACGAGGAAGUCGAUAACAGUGGAGAAGUCGAUAACUGCGGAAAAGAGGUCGAUAACUGCGUAGAAGUCGAUAGUUACGGUGGAGAAGUCGAUAAAUCCUGCGGAGAGGUCGCUGGCUGCGUCAACAUCCCGCCUAAUUCUGCCUCCACGAAGCCAACCGCGUUUGAAGGUGAGGACGACUCGGCUCUUGCAAAUUCCAAUUUUCCAGCUGAAUCAGAAUAUUUGUGCGAAAUAUGUCAACCUAACGUCACAUUUGCCACGCAUGACACUCACCUUGAUCAUAUGAACGAUUUACAUCACGUUACUACGGCUCCCAUUAUUUCCGCCGCAAAAAAGUCGGGAGAAAGAUGCGACCCUCCAAAUCCGAAAACGGUUUCUUGUCUGGAAUGCGACGAGCGUUUCACGACUUUGACGGCCUUACUUCAACACACAAACAGGCGACAUGGCGGAAUUAUGCAGAAUUGCACUCUAUGCCCGGGCGUGUUUAGGCGCGUGGGUGCGCUGCAAAGCCACAUGAAGGAAUGUCACAAUGCCCCAAUGCCGCCCAGACCGCCGAAGCAGAUGCCACGAUUUCCUUGUGACGUGUGCUCAAAGACCUUCCCAAGAAAGUCAUGCAUCCCUGAACACGUGGAGCGGGUCCAUUUCCCGGACAAGACGUCCUGUCCGUACGGAUGCGAAGUCAAGAUUGACUCGGAGGCUGACUGGGUGACGCAUUUGGAGGGGUGUGACUCCCCUAAAACGACUGCAAAUUCAAAAUGCGAUUGCCAAUUUUGCCCGGGCGUUUUUCGCAACACCCUCCUCCGGAUAGACCACCACCUCCGCCAACAUGGCGAAAAAUCGUACUCUUGUUGCGUCUGUAAAGGAAUGUUUUCCCUUCCAAAUCUUCUCCAGAAGCACAACUGUAGAUACUAAAUAAAUAAGAGUAUAAAUAUUAGCUCCAACGUAUGUACAUAAAAUGAAGACUGGAAAACCAUUCGGAAUUGCGUAAUAUUUGGUGAGGGGAUAUCCAUAAAUUAUGUCAUGGUUAAGGGUAAGAGUUUUGCGCGAACAUUUUUGCAACAUUUGGAAACGUGGGUGUAACACGUGACAAGAGGAAAGGAAGGAUCUGAAAAAUAAAUCGUCGUUUUUCCGUCACGUAAUUUCUGGACGUUCCCUGACUUUAAAUAAAUACUGAAAAACCUGUCUUAAUUUCAUAACAUUUACGGUGGGGACGUUCAUAAAUUAUGUCACGACUGAGAUUGGUGGGAGGGUAAACGAUUUGCUUGACAGAGUCCAUUUGCUACACUUAUUAAAAGAAUGGGUGGAGUGAGUGUCUGAAAAAUCAGAGUUUUUUACCUAACGUAUUUCAUGAACGUUCCCUUACUGAAAAGACGAACGGCAAAACAUGGCGUACAUUUGCUUACGUAAAUACUUUGUUGCAAGAUUCAUACAUAGUUACGCUUGGCAACUUUAAGCAGUUAUGUAUAAUUAUGUUUCAGGUACAUCCUUUUUGGAUGGUGUGAUGUUUUAUUCUUAUCGCUUGCACAUUGAAUGCAACGUAUGCAUACAUAAAUGGGAAUACAUACAUUGUUGGAUAAACUUGUCGAGAUAAGCAAAUUAAAAAUCAUUAACAAGUGCAUGCUGCUCGUGUACUCUUUUGUUUUGGAAAUAAAUACGGGGCCGUUCAUAAAUGUUACUAUGUAUAAAUGUGAGCAUUUUUAUGCAUAUGUAUUCAUCUACAUUGUUAGACGAAUUUAACAAAAUAAACGAAUUAAAAUUAAUCGAAUAAAACAAUAAACAAGUUGCAAAAAAG